AUGGAACAAGAUCAAUACCAACAAAUCGCAAAUGAAAUGCUAGCAUUCCAACAUGCCAAGUUACAUCUUUUUGAUCUGGCAGACGAGUAUCAGAGGAAGACAACACUAUCGUCAGGCAACGACAGCAACGUGACAGCCUAUCAUCCAGACGCUGUAGCUCGAGAGUUAAAGGAUUACAAGAACUAUACGCCCCAGUUGGAAGAACGUUUCAAAGAAAUCGAGAACCAGGAUCGAUUCAUACGAAUGAUGACACAAGAUCCACCAGUCGAAGUAACAGAAGAGAUGCUUCGAUCAUCAGAGGACAAUGAGCAGAAAUUGUUGGACAAAGUACAAAAGAACAUGCAACUACUGGCACAAAAGCAAAUGGUCUUCCAGCAAAAGUGUGAACGGAUACAACAAUUGCAUACACGUCUUCAGCAUGAAACGGAGCGUAUAACACAGCUAGUGGAUGACAAUCGAGCUACUCAACGAGAAUUAUCAAGGAUCGAGAAAGGACUCAAACUCCACAUGACAUACGAGGAGCAGAUUGCUGAAAGGGAUCGACUCGUCGAAGAGCUUGUGCAAGAUAAUAUGAUCAUUGAUGAGAAGCGUGAAAAUGUCAGUCGCAUCAAAAAGAUUGUCCGAGAGCGUGCAAAGGAGGUACAGGAUCGUGAGUCGAGGUUACAGUCCUUGCAGCAAACAGCAUCACGAGAAGAGGAGCAGCAUAUCGGACCUGACCCUGCUGUAGAGGAGGCCACUGAAUGGUACAAGAAAGUCACCAAGGAUACCAAUGCGUUAUUCGGCAUCCAAGACAUCAAUGAAACGCCCACAACAAUCAAAGUAUCUUUUGACAAUGAAGCACAAGAUGAAUUACGUAUACAAUUUGAUCCCGUGUCCGAGGAGCUGAUAGAUGUGGAGUCCUCUGGAUGCGAUGUACAAGAUAUCCUUCCCUUAGUUAGCAGCCUUCAUGAUCGAUACGAGAUAUCCACAGUCCUUAUACGAUACACGUUAGAGAAGCUGUAUUCAAGAGAAUAA